UUUUAUCCAUGGAGAUAAAAACAAUAUGGCCGUCACAAAGCUUACUAGUGGAGAUAUAGUAUUCUGUUUCCAUGAUCAUAUAAUUAAACAUCAAGAACAAGACUUUCAAACUGUUUACAAUUAAUUUAAAUAAGUUAAUUUAAAAUAAUUAUUUUACUAGUCUUUAAAAAAUAUUUCUUGAUCUGUGCAAAUCUACAAUAAAACCCUAAAUGACAACAAAAUCAGCUUUAAGUUUAACUUUAACUUUUAAAGUUUAAAUACUUUAAUUAAAUAAAUGAAAGCCAAACUUCAAAGUAUCUCUUAGCUUAGGUUUAGCAUGGAUAAGAAAAAGAAAAUUUCGCUUGGAUCAUUGCUUCCAACUAGUGCUCUUGACACUCUCAGUAUAAUUGAAACACCAGAACCAGACAGUUUUUUUGGUGACAGUGAGUCUCUUACAUCACCAUUUAAUGUUGAAACUGACCCAUCAAAUCAAGUCUUUCAUGCAGACCCUGGAGAUGUAAAUGUCCACCAGUUCUAUCCAGUUCUUGAGCACACAUUUAAUCGUAAACAACCAUCAAAAAAAGAUUUAUUAAGUUUAGUUGCAAUUGCUGAAGAAGACUUAGCAUGGGACCACAAGAAUACCAACAGCAUAGAUGAACAUGAAGAAGUACAUGAGGCUGUUGCUGACAAAGAUUUGAUUAAAGAUAACAAUGAGCUAUUGAGUACAAAUCAAACUAUUGAAACUCAUGAAACAGUUUUUACAACUGCUGUUGAUGAAGACUGUUUACAAGCUGCCAUCUUAAGAAGUCAAAGUGGUCAGACAUAUUCUAGCAGUUCACUUGGGGGCAAGUUGAAUCAGAAAGAAAAGCUAAACAACAUCAUUGCAGAUGCAGCUUGGCAGCACUAUCAUAGAGCAUUAGAAAAGAAGAAUAACCCAGACAAUGUAGUGACAUUCCUCAACAAAGCCAUCAACCUAUUACCUCAUGAAGCUACAUUCUACUCAGCAAGAGGGGAAGCUUUUAUUCAGCUAUGUGACUUGCAGUCAGCUAUACUCAACUACAAGAAAGCUUGUUUGCUAGAUCAACAAAAUCAAGACUAUUAUUUCAGACUCGCAUUCCUGUAUUACUUUCAAGGGCAAAUUCUGUUUGAUCGGAGCCUGUACACAGAGGCAUUGGAGUUAUUUACUAAAGCAUCAAACAUGGUGCCUAGCAGCCUUGGUUACAGCAUUAGAAGCAUUACCUGCUUAGCAGCCCUGCAGAGAAAUGGAGAAUGCAUGGCACUAGUCAAUAAAAGACUUGAAAUUGAUCGCAAGAAUCCCGAUUUAUUCAUUCUUAGAGCACGACUUCAUGAUUUGUUCAGAAAUACCAUCCAAUGCUAUUAUGAUGUCAAAGCUGCUUUAGAUCUUGAUCCUGAGCACACAGAGGGCAAAGUAAUGAUGGACAAUUUAAUCAAAGUUGCCAAUGCUAAUAAAAUUCAAGCCAUGGAGCUGGACAUUUCUGGCAGACACAGAGAAGCUCUGCAGAAAAUGAUGAUAGCUAUAUCUACCAACCCAUCAGUUGCUGAUUUCCAUGUGCUUAGAGGAGCUCUUUACAGAAAACUGAGUGAUUUCAAUUCUGCCAUUGAUGACUUCCUUCUGGCAAUAGAGAAAUGUGACCACAAUGAAGCGGACCCAGUUUAUAGAAAUGCACAAAGACAGUUGCUGGUCACUUACAAUGAUUUUGCUGUUGAAUGUUUUCAUAAAGGCUUCUAUGAUGAGGCGCUUGUGUUGUUAAAUAAAGCUCUUAAAGGAGAGAAAAAGGAAAAAUCUCUUUACGUUAAUAGAGGAGAUUGCUUUUACAAACAAGGGGACAUAACCUUUGCAUUGGAAGACUAUUAUUUGGCAUUGGAAAUUGAUCCUCAGAAUGCUGCCAUCAAAUCUAGAAUUGCUGCUAUACAUUGUGAGAUGGGAGAGAACUUGAGUGAAGAGAAAAAAUACUCAGAAGCAGAGGAAAAGUUUACGUCUGCUAUUGAAUAUAAUCCAAAAAUUGGUCAGUUUUACAUCUCAAGAGCAAGAGUUCGGCUUUUAAUGGAGGAUGUUAGUGGUGCUAAGGAAGACAUACUUCUUGGUCUACUGUUAGAUCCAACAAAUGAUGAGAUCAUCUCUAUCAUGACUCGUCUUUUUCCUGGCAAAUCAGUUGGGGAUGUCAGGUCCAGUCCAGAUGCCCAAAUGGCUUUGUCCAAACUUAGUGCUAAUAUUAUCUCAACAAGUUCUACAGCUAUUACCAAUCUAAGACCCAAGAGUCCUUCCAUAGAAGAUGGCAGUGUAGAAGUUGACAAUGAGACAGUCAGAAAAUCUGAUGUUACCAAACAAACUAUGAAGUUUGUGAUGUGUAUGGAAGAAAGAGAAUUUUAUCUUCAGCAAGUCAGAGAAAAGAAAAAGGUGGAAUCGAAAGUAAAGGAUGCUCUGUUGAACAGAAGAACUCUUCGUUACACUGGGGCAAGAUUACAAGCAUUACCUCCACCACAGCCAUUGAAAAAAAAAUCCAAAAGUACAAACUGGAGAACUUUUUCUUUAGGUGUUGGUGGACUUUGACCUAUUGAUAGAAUGUACAGUUGAUUUGAGAGAAAGGUUUCUGAAUGUGCGUGCAUGAUGAUUUACUAAUAAACAUCCUACAAAUAUGAUUAUUUUCUUACAAAACUAAAAAUUUUUAACUGUUAAACAAAAGUUUUACAAUUUUACAGUUACACUUAGUUGCAACUGGGUUUGCAUGGUCAUGUGAAACACUGCACUCAUCCUUAAUCUUCGGAAUCAAGACAUUGCCAUUUUAUAAAAGGAUUUGAUAAAUGAGUCAUUAGCCUCCACCCCCUUGUUCCAAAUGUCUCAUGAUGGGGUUGGGUGGGGGACAUGUGGAUAGGUAAAUAAAAGCUUGUAUUAUAGAGAUGCUGAAAACAUAUGAAUAUAUUUCAGGAUACAUACAUUUUUUUAUUAUUAUUAUUUGAACAAAAUUGUGUAGAAAUGUACCCUAGAAUAUUUGAAUUAAAAAAUGUGUGAAAUAUCAGUAUUGUGUAUUUGGGUAGAAAUGUUUUUUUUCUUUAUUGUUAACAAGGAAAUAGUUUCUCACUGUAGAUAUGAAGCUAAUAAAUGGCCAAGACAGUAUAAGAGAUUUUAAGAUAUUGAAACAGACAAUGGCAAACAAAAACGAGUGAAACUUUAACACUACACACGUGCAGACACAUAUAGAUCUAGUAUAUUUGUUUGAAUCACUAUUAAAAGCUGCUUUGUGAAUAUCUUUGAAUUACUUUUACCAUUGAUGUAUGAGAUGAGAUAUUGAUGUACAUAUCUUUUUGUCAAUUUAUAUUUUCAAGUUAACAUUAACAGCGUCUACCUGUUUUGUGAUACUGUAAUUACUAACAUUGCUCAUUAGGUUUUGAGUUAUGUGAUGGAAAUAAACUAUUAUAUUAUAUAAGCAAAGAAAAAUA